GAGACAUUUUUUCUCAACGGCAUUAAUUCCUCAUUUUGAUUUUGAAGUGCUAAUAUUCUACAUCAUUUUAGUCAAAACUCAAUAGCACAGUAUUUGAUUACCUUUAUUCUUUUCUUUGAAUUUCAUCCCACUGUUAAUGAAUGCUGUAGGUUAAAUUCUCAAAAGGCUGCAAUGCAUAGUCUACGACUGGCUAGAAAUCAUUCUACAUCUGAACAUGAAAGGCUUGUCUAUGAAGGAUGGAUAUUAUACGACAUUGGCCACCAUGAAGAGGCGCUUGCUAAGGCAGAGGAGUCAAUUGCCAUCCAGAGAUCAUUCGAAGCUUUCUUCCUUAAAGCAUAUGCUUUAGCAGAUUCAAGCCUUGAUGAAGAGUCUUCAUUGUAUGUUAUACAACUUUUGGAAGAAGCUCUUAGAUGCCCAUCAGAUGGACUUCAGAAAGGACAACUAAGGAAAUAUGUCUUUGUUGACUGUGCUAAACUAGACCAGGCUGCUACCUGCUACAUGAAUGCACUCAACAUCAAGCAUACACAAGCACAUCAGGGUCGGGCACGGGUAUUUCAUCUCAAAAACCAACUAAAGGCUGCAUAUGAUGAGAUGAAAAAGCUGAUAGAGAAGGCCUGGAACAAUGCUUCAGCUUAUGAGAAGCAUUCAGAAUAUUGUGAUCAAAACAUGGCAAAGAGUGAUCUUAGUAUGACAACAAAAUUAGAUCCCUUAAGGACUUAUCCAUGCAGAUACAGGGCAGCAGUUCUAAUGGAUGAUUACAACGAAGAUGAGGCCAUUGCAGAGCUAACAAAAGUAAUAGGUUUCAAGCUAGACCUGCAGCUACUGCAUCUUCGAGCUGCAUUUCAUGAUUCAGUGGGUGACCAUGAAUCUGCCAUCAGAGAUUGUGAGGCAGCCCUGUGUCUUGAUCCUGGUCAUUCUGAUACUCUUGAGCUAUAUAACAAAGUCUGCGAGCAGGUCUAGGAACAAGAAAAUCGACAGGAUACCUGUGGACAAUCAUAUUGUUGACACCUUUUUCUUCUUUCAGAUUCUUUUUGUUCCACUAGAUGAUGGAAGGCCAGCAUAUUUUAGAUUUUGCCUCUGGAAAAUUGAGAAGCAAGAAGAAAGAAAUUGACACUAGAAAAGCUAGCAUGUACAUAUUUUCCCUCUUGGUUAUGGAUUGGAUGACUUGACAUAGACAAUAGCAAUUCAGAGAUGCAGCCGCCGCUUCAAUCUUUAGCUCCAGCAAAGCCGCAAAGGGGGUGAAAUAUACGACAGAAAAUAGGAAUCAUGUAAAUGAAAUGGAAGCAUUCCG